CAGGCGUCCUCGGGAGAGUGACAUCGUCUUUAAACCCCGCGUGGCAAUCCCUGUCGCACCGCCGUGAUGCCCAGGGAAGACAGGGCGACCUGGAAGUCCAACUACUUCCUGAAGAUCAUCCAACUUCUGGAUGACUAUCCCAAAUGCUUCAUUGUGGGAGCCGACAAUGUGGGCUCCAGGCAGAUGCAGCAGAUCCACAUGUCUCUCCGAGGGAAGGCUGUGGUGCUGAUGGGCAAGAAAACCAUGAUGCGCAAGGCCAUCCGCGGGCACCUGGACAACAACCCAGCUCUGGAGAAGUUGCUGCCGCAUAUCCGAGGAAAUGUGGGCUUCGUGUUCACCAAGGAGGACUUUACUGAGAUCAGGGACAUGCUGCUGGAUAAGGUGCCAGCUGCUGCCCGUGCCGGUGCCAUUGCCCCCUGUGAGGUCACUGUGCCAGCCCAAAAUACAGGUCUAGGCCCCGAGAAGACCUCCUUCUUUCAGGCUUUAGGCAUCACCACCAAAAUCUCCAGGGGCACCAUCGAAAUUCUGAGUGAUGUGCAGCUGAUCAAGACUGGAGACAAGGUGGGCGCCAGCGAGGCCACACUGCUGAACAUGUUGAACAUCUCCCCCUUCUCCUUUGGGCUGAUCAUCCAGCAGGUGUUCGACAACGGCAGCAUCUACAACCCGGAAGUGCUGGACAUCACAGAGCAGACUCUGCAUUCUCGCUUCCUGGAGGGCGUCAGGAAUGUUGCCAGUGUCUGCCUGCAGAUUGGUUACCCAACUGUUGCCUCAGUGCCUCAUUCUAUCAUCAAUGGGUACAAGCGGGUUCUGGCUUUGUCUGUGGAGACCGAGUACACCUUCCCACUUGCUGAAAAGGUCAAGGCCUUCCUGGCUGAUCCAUCUGCCUUUGUGACUGCUGCCCCUGUGGCUGCAGCCACCACUGCUGCCCCUGCUGCUGCCGCAGCCCCAGCCAAGGCUGCUGCCAAGGAAGAGUCAGAGGAGUCGGACGAGGAUAUGGGAUUUGGUCUCUUUGACUAAUCCCCCCCAAAAGCAACCAAAAGAAGCCAGUUUUAUUUGUGAAACUAGAAAUAAAGGCUUACUUCUCUUAAAAAAAAAAA